CCGGCCCGACGAGCCGUUGCGGGGCGCUGGCCCCUCUCCCCGGAACACAGGCGUCGGAUAAAUGGCGAGCAAAAAGCGAGAAAUCCAGCUACAGGCAGUCGUUAAUAGUCAGAGCCUGUGGGAUGAGACGUUGCAGAACAGAGGCCUUACAGUGAUCGAUGUUUACCAAGCCUGGUGUGGGCCGUGCAAAGCCAUGCAGCCUUUAUUCAGAAAACUGAAAAAUGAACUGAACGAAGAUGAACUUCUGCAUUUUGUUGUAGCAGAAGCUGACAGCAUUAUAGCUUUGCAGCCGUUUAGAGAUAAAUGUGAACCUGUUUUUCUCUUUAGUGUUAACGGCAAAAUUAUUGCAAAGGUCAAUGGUGCAAAUGCACCACUUGUUAAUCAAAAAAUUAUUGACUUGAUCAAUGAGGAGAGGAGAAUUGAAGCAGGUGAAAUGGUGCGCCCUCAGUAUCAUGAAAUUUUGUUUGUGGACUCAGAUGCGGAAGAUGGCGAGGAAUCACUCUAUGAAAGUUCUGAGCCACAAUACAGUAUUACUAUUAUCAAACCUGAUGCCGUGAUUGCUAGAAAAUCUCUAGAAAUUAAAGAAAAAAUUCUCAAGGCAGGAUUUGUCAUAGAAAUAGAAGACAAGAGAGUGCUCAGUGAACAGCAAGUGCGGGACUUCUAUAGUCGAAUAGCGGACCAGCCUGGCUUUGAAGAUUUUGUCCUUUUUAUGACAAGUGGCCCGUGCCAUAUUCUAGUUAUAUCUCAAGGAAAUGAAGAACAGCCUGCCUGGGAAGAAACUAAACCCAAUCCUGAGACUGAAACUAAAUUCUAUGAGGAUCAUCACCAUCAGGUUGCCACAUCUGCAGUGACGAAGAAGAAGCGGGACAGUUUACAGGAAUAUCUGGAAAGACAACAUAUAUCUCAGCUUUGUGAUGUUGAAGAGAAUAUGGAUAAUGUUAAGAAGUUUAUUGAUAUCUUCUUCCCUGAUUUUAAAAAUAUGAAAAACCUAAAAUUAGAAAAGAUCCUGGCAUUACUUCGACCAGAUCUCUUUCAAGAAAAGAAAGAGGAUGUUUUAAAUAUCAUUGAUGAUGAAGGCUUUAAAAUACUGAUGGAAAGACCAAUCGUAUUGUCAGAAGAGGAAGCGCAAACACUAUGCAAGGAAUUUGAAAAUGAAGAUUAUUUUGAAACUCUUAUCGAAAAAAUGACCAGCGGUCCAUCUUUAGCCCUUGUUUUAUUGAGAGACAAUUGUUUACAACACUGGAAAGAGUUAAUUGGACCCAGCACUGUUGAAAAAGCCAAGGAAUAUCUUCCAGAGAGCUUAUGCGUGCAAUUUGCAGUGGAAGGCUUGCCUAUCAACCAGUUGUAUGGAAGUGAUUCGUUAGAAACGGCGGAAAAGGAAAUCCAGUAUUUCUUUCCUCCUGAGCAGACUUUAGCGCUGAUUAAACCUCAUGUAACACGGGAACAAAGAGAGGAGAUUUUGAAAUAUAUUCAAGAGGCUGGAUUUGAAAUAACACAGAUGAAAGAAAUAUACCUAAAUGAAGAAGAAACAGAAAAAAUUUAUUCAAAAAUAAAAAAUAAAGACUUUUAUAAAGAUGUAUUGGAGAUGUUAUCUGAGGGUCUGUCUUUGGUCAUGAUUCUGACCAAGUGGAAUGCUGUUUUGGAAUGGAGACGAUUGAUGGGUCCCAUAGAUCCAGAUGAAGCAAAACUACUGUCCCCAGAUUCUAUCCGAGCCCGCUUUGGAAUAAGCAUUUUGAAAAACGCUGUCCAUGGAUCAUCUAAUGUCUAUGAUGCAACGGAGAGCAUUAACAGAAUAUUUGAAGAGUUGAUUCCUGAGAAUCCUGAGGGAAACUAAAAGACUUGGAGAAGACACUGCAUGUAAGUUAGAAUCAAAAGGAAGAUAGAUACUCUCUGGAGGAAAACUCAAUGUUCCCUCAAGUUAAACACUCACCUCAAAGUGAAAAACAUAUGGGAAUGCGUAACAACAAUAAAAAAGCCCCCUUCCAAGACGGGACCUGAAGCGUUCUGGGUUGGCACCAAAUACUUUCCAGCAUCUGUUCAUUGGCUCCUGUUCUCUGUAAAUAGACGGCGUCAGGAAAAUGGACGGGUUUCCUAUUCUGUGGCCCUCUUCCUGGACUCUGCUGGUGCCAUUUCCGCUCACUGGGGUGGAUGCCCUGAUACUGAUUCUUGCCUGAACUGUGUUUGAACUUGCUCAUCCCUUGGAAACUACUUUGGGUGACCUCCAAAGCCAGUCUUUUCAUGCUUUUAAUAAAGGGAGAACGUCGACUAA